CAACAACACCUUUUAACAAGCUUAUAUUAGUUUUAGAGGUGCUGCACUAAAGGAAAACAAUUAUUGAUCAAAAUGUAAUGGUACAUUUAAUGUCAAAUUUAGAUAAUGAAUGCAUGUGCCAAACUAAAAAGAAUUCCAGCCUUGCAUACUGUAUACCCAAAAUCCAGACUCAGCACUAGAUGUUAUCAAUGAAGAUGAUGUUGAAACGUAGUUUACCACAAAUAUUAGUCAAGGAAUGAUUUAAAAAAUGGGAAGAAAAUUAUUUAACCAGAAUUCCGGAGGGAUAGUUUAAGGAAGUGUAAGUUUAAGGAACUACCCUCUGCCUCUCCACCUCCCCCUCAUUUUCCCUAUCAGAUCCCAUCACAAGGAAAUAAAUUUUAUCUUUAUUUAUCCAUCUCACAUUACAAGUGUACUUCCCCCCAAAAAAAACACUUGACAGCAACAUUGGAUUUACACCAAAAUUAAAUUUUAUGAGAACUUACUUGUUACCGUUACGAAUUUUAACAGUAGACCUGUGAGCAGGCACGAACGUGCAAAUAUCAAAGAAGAUAACAAAGCAGAUAAGGGGCCGCGCUGAGAUGCCAUGACAGGAAACUGGGCGAGAGAGCAUAACAAGAUGCGUGACGUAAUUUAUGCCAGCUCCCGGAACCUUCAAAGAUGGCGCCUAUAACUUGUUCAUAUGUCUUUUCGUUGUUGACGCUUCCUUUCUGUGAAUUAGGCUAAAUCUAGCCGAUAUGACAACACAGAAUCAGCCCCAGAAGAAGGUCAAAAUCUUACAACUUGUUCGGACUAUUCAAACUGAGCAGCUAUCGAAAUUACAGCAGAAAUAUCAACUUGAACAAGACCUGCUAGAGGAUGUCAGAACCUAUGCAAAACAGAGAUCCACAAUAGAGAGAGAGUAUGCUCAGGCCCUACAAAAACUCAAUUCCCAAUUUCUUCAAAAGAAGGAGUUGUCUGCUGAAGACUUAGCAGGAGAAAAUGGACACAAAACCCCUCAUGGAGUCUGGAAAUCUCUGCUUGAUGAAUCAGAAAAAAAGGCAAAGCAGCGAUUGGCCAUCUCAGAGGAACUUCAAGGACAGAUGGCUGAAAGCAUGAAGACUCUUAAGUCAAACAAAGCCCAGGUUUUUAAGAAGUGUCAAGAACUUACCCAGAAAAUUCAUGAAGAACUUUUUGAGACUGUACGUGAGUUGUCCAAGGCUAAGAAAGGUUAUGAGGAAAUGGAAAAGCUGGCUCAGGUGGCAAGGGAACAAGCUGCUGAUGCUGAAGACAAGCUGAAAAAGAAGAACGUCAAGUUUUUUCAGUCCAAGCAAUCGUUGGAAAAGAAUUUAAACAAGAGUUCCAGUAGGCGUGAGAUAUGUGAGAGACGAACAGCAAUGGCUAGGAAUGAAUACAUUUUAUUACUGGCUGCAGCUAAUGCACACAUGACAAGAUACUUCUGCAAGGAGUUAGAAGACAUUAUGUCUACUUUAGACGGCGAUUUUUUUGACCAGUUAAGAGGAUACUUCACCACACUUGGUCAAGUUGAAGUUGAUGCUUGCAAGAAUGCCAUGCUGGGAUUUGAAACAGUGGUAUCACAUGCAAACACUAUUAACAGAGAUGUAUCCCUUCAGUCAUUCCUGGCAAAGAAUAAAGUGUUUUCAGAAGUUGUUCAAUAUGAGUUUGAAUCUUGCAAACAUGAUAAAGUAAGAAAGCUUACAACAGAACACAAUGCUGGUCUAGCACUCAACAAAGAAGCAAGAAAGUUAGCCAUGAGACUUGCUAAGGAUCAGAUGAAUCUAAAGGCAAAGAUCAAACAACUACAGGGUGUUAAAAAUACGGAUGAUGUACCACCACCAGCAACAGAUGGUAAUCAAGAGGGUGAACAGAGUGCCGAGACACUAAAGGAGAACAUCAGACUCAUUGAGACAAGCAAGUUAAAAACAGAAGCAUGUUUGGAAGUCUUGCGAGAGGCUGCAGUGAAUGUUGAUGAGUGGAUGAAGAGUGCAAAUUCCUUGUCCCCCAAUGACAUUGAAGCUGAUUUCCAUGGAAGCCAGAGCUCAUUGAACUCGCUCAGUGAUGACUUCAAUGACACGUUUGACGAUGAGUGGGAUGAUAUUGAUGACACUUUCACUGCCGACUACUCAUCAGAUGAAGAUACUAGAAGUGUGUCAUCCAACUGCUCUAUUCCAGUGGCUUGUGUUGCUUUAUACAACUUUGAUGCAACAGACUCAGAGGAACUAACCAUUACUGAAGGAGAAGAAUUAGAAAUAUUAGAAAGAGAUGGUGAUGGAUGGUGUAAGGGUCGUAACAAAUCAGGGCAAGUGGGCUUUUUUCCUGAGACCUAUAUUGAGGUUGGAUCAGCAGCCAAUCACUCCCCACGUCAGAUCACACCAAGUAAUUCCUACACAGAUGGUCAUCCUUGUGGGUCACCUGUUAGUGUUGCAAGCAUAGGACAAGCAACAUCAGCUGCAACAAAAUACUUGUGUUAUGUAAGAGCAUUGUAUGACUAUGAAGCAAUGAGUGACGAGGAAAUAUCGUUCAAAGAGGGUGACAUUGUUGGAGUUCUUCAAAAAGAUGAUAACAAUGUUGAUGAUGGAUUCUGGUAUGGUGAGUUUGAAGGACGUCGUGGUGUUUUUCCUUCUUUGGUGGUGGAAGAUUUACCUGAAGGCUUUCAAACAACAGACACUAACAUGAAUGUCACAGAAUCCUUACCAUCAACCUCUUCUUGCGACAACAGAGAUGGAGAUUAUAUAACAUUACCAAAAGAUUACAAAGCGGGUGCAUCAGCACCUGUAGCACCAAACAUGUUACAACCUGUAAGAAAAGCCCCACCUCCUCCUGCCAACUCUCCGAUAAUUCCAAGGAGUACAACAAUGGCUUCAGGAGGAGGUGCUAGAGCUCUAUUGCCGCCCACAGAUCGUCAACGAGCAAAAACUGAAAACACAACAACCAUGAAAAAACCAGACAAUAGAGCAUUUGCAAGAAGUCUGUCGCAGAAUCCAUCACUUCAGUUAAAGAUGUAUGAGAAUAUUGACCAGUUAGUCCCCAAAUCCAAGCCUCCUGAUUAUGUUAAUGUCACAGAUCUUCCUUCAUCAAGUGCAAAUGGCCCAUCAACUUCUGGAAGUGCUUCUCGUAGUGUUCCCAAACCUAUGGCAAGGUCACGUCGCCCUGCCCCGCCCCCUAAGCCUCCCCCGCCAACUGCAGCCAGCAGAAGUUCAUAUCGUGGAUCAAAAACAUAUGUUUGAGAAAGUCAGUCUUAGAAGAUAAAUAAUUUUUAUGAAUUAUAAAAGUGCGUCUCUAAAGAAAUAAACAGUGCACUCCCAGAGUUUUCAAAAGAAGACAGUGACUGUUAUAAAUAGCAUUGUUCCUUCGUCAAGUUGGUACAUUGUUCUUGCCACCUGAGUUGAAUGCUCAUAAUAAUUUAACACUAAUUAUGUAUAUUUAUUUGGACCAGUACAAUGUGGACACUGAGCUUGCUGUUGUUAACACAGUUUAACUAUUGUUCAGCAUAAUGGUGAUGAUCAACUUUAAAAAUGUCCAAACAGUAUUUACUAAAAUAAUAUACCCUUUGAAAUGAAACAUACCUGGAACGAAAUUGUUAAUGAAAAAUGUUUCCAUGAUAGCCUAUAUUUCUGCACUGUACUUGGUAAUAAUAAACAUUAUUAUUGGAUGAGGUUUUUGUGAUAUCCAGAAUAGUCAAGGUCGAGGUAGGGGUUGGGUUGAUUAUUCUUGAUAUCACAUAACUGAAUUGUUUUAUUAUACAUUGAACGAAAAAAAAA